AAACUUUUGGUAAAACCACAAGUUGGAACAGGGAAAAGGAAGGGUAAGGUAAAGAUGGCGUUCAGAGGGAAGGAGAUGAUGAAGAAGAUGAUAAAGAAGGUGGGCGAGAACAACCUGGCGCCCGGUGUGAAGGAACAACUUAAAAAAUGCAUUCCGGACAGCAAGGUCGUCAUGAAUCGUGCCAAACGUGGCCUUUACGCCGGCCGACACAUCCAGUUCGGCAACCUUAUCAGCGAAGACGGUGGAAACAAAUCGAGGAGGAGUUGGAAGCCUAAUGUACAGGAGAAGCGUCUGUUUAGUUAUAUCUUAGAUCGCCACAUUCGAGUCAAAGUAACCACUCAUGCCCUCCGUUGCAUUGACAAGGCAGGUGGAGUUGAUGAGUACCUGCUGAAAACUCCCUACCACAAAAUGGAUACAGAGAUGGGCCUAUAUUGGAAAGCUAAAAUUGAGAAGAUGUAUGAAGAGCUCGGGCAAAGGGAGGUAGUUUUCUUUUCACCAGAGGAUGAAGCAAAGUUUGAGCAAGGAUUCAAAGACCUGAAGCUAGCUGAGAGAGAAGCUCGAAGGGACGCUAGAAGACAGAUGUAUGGAUGGUCUGGAAAACAGGAAGAAAUCGAGGAUGGAAGAACCAGCCAAGACAGUUACGAUGAAACUGCCAAUGCUGGGGAUGACAGUUCAGAUGGCGAUCUCCAUAAACAAUGGGUUGCAAAUUCUUGAGUUUAGAACUGUUUGCCAUGUUGGGUGCCGAUCACAUUUUAUGCUAUUCUGCAAAGGAUUUUUGUUUUGAAUGAAUAAUUUUGUAGCUAUGCUUUAUAUAUGUGCUACUUUCGGAAUUAGUGUUACGAUAGACAUGCGCAAGUUGUCAACUCAGUCGAGGUAAACAGGAUAAUUUAGAAUUGGGUUGGGCUUGGCUCUCUGUUGUGAUAGAUCCUCAAAAGUGUGGCUCAAUUUAAGCCAAUCAAAACAUGGAAUGCAGAUGAACAUUCACA